UUGUGAGAAGGUGCUUGGCCAGCUGACUUGGAUCAUCUCCUAGAGUUUAGGAGACAUAACUAUCACCAAGUUUGAAUUUGCAAAACCUUUAGGCUUUGCUGGCAGGAGAGAAAAUACCACUUUUGGACCAUAAAAUGGAUACGGAAUACAUGGGCUCAGGUAAACUGGGCCAAAUAUUGAAGCAGAUUUGGAGACAAAACCAGAUGCUAAAGCAGGCACUCCUGGGUGAUGACCUUUGUGAGGGGGCUGGUGGGGCCACUUGGAUGGCCACUGUGGUCUUUCUGGGUCAGGAGCUCAGCAGGGCCCUUCACCAGCUGCUGGAGCACACCGCAGGCACCCUGCGUUCCGCCUGCCAGCAGCUGCAUGUGCUGCUUGAUAAGGAGAAUCAAUGUGUCUGGAGAAAAGGCAAGUAUUUUUUUAUAACUUAUUCUUUCUCUAAGAAAUAUUGAUUAGGGCAAGAUCUGAGAGGGACUAUGAACAUACCAACAAGGCUAAGAUGGAGUUUCUGUCCACAAGAGACUAACAAUUUCAUACGGGAAAUAAGUCGAGACAAAUGCACAAUAAUGCCAGGGACAUUGGGGCCAGUCCCAUUAGAAACACUUGAAUGAAGUGCUUUUGGACUUCAGAAGCAUUUUAAAUCCCAUCUGUAGGGUGGGGAAUUGAGAAGUUUCCUAGAAAAAUGUAGUAUUUAAGCUGAAGCUUAAAGAGUGAAUUGGACUUAUGCAGCAGGAAAUAGAGAGUUGGUAUUUUUUGUAGGAUCCAAGACUUAAGAGACAGGAAAAUACAGGCCUAGUUUGAGGCAGAGCUAGUAGUUUUUUUUUUUUUUUUUUUUUUAAAUCAGAAUAUAAUAUUCUAUUUCUGGGGUCAUUUGAGCUUAGACUUAUUAAUUGCAAAAUUCCUGGGAAGACUGGAGUGGGUUGGGAUAGGGAAUUGGAUCCCUAUACACUGAGGCUGGAGAGGGAUUCUUGGGAAUAGGUCCAGUUAUGGAUGUGGAAAAGUACAGCAGGGCAGGAAGAAUGUGGAAUCUGAUGAAUAUAAUCCUAGCUAACAACAGUUACUCCAGAUAAGCAUCUAGGUGGCAUCAUGAAAUUCAACUCUAAAUAAUACAGUAUCAAGAUAAGUGGGCAGGUUCCAUCUAUGAUGAAAUCCAGGGUUGAUGAUAUUAAGAAAUUCAGUCUAAAGGGCAAAUAGUGGGCAUCAGGGAAAUCUUUCCAAAGGUAGCAUGACUGAGACGCCAUCAGCUGCAGCCCAAAAUCAGACCUUUAAUCUCUGGAGGGAAUGGAACAUGGUCCUUGGCAACAUAACAAGACAAAUAUAUAUUCAGAAAAAAACAAGGACUUGGCGAAGGGAUGAUUUGGUGAUGGUUUUAAAAACACUAAGUUAUGGGGCCUUAAAUUACAUAUUCUUUAGUUUAGAACUGAAUUCUAAAGACUAGAGAGGCACUAAGCCUGCAAGAAGUCAUCAGGUGACCUCAGUAGUGAGGAGAAGCAGGAUGAAAAAUAGGAGCGUGGGAAGAAUGAUGAUGGAGUGAGAGAUUAUAUCAGAUUUGACCAUACUGAGAGUUUAAUCCAGAAUGAAGAAGGUUGACCUGAGUUAACAGGCUUUGAAAAGUCACUUCAUGUUCCAAUCAGAGAAUUGGUAUGGUCAGAGCUAUUCUCUGAAGGACUAAUUUGAAAAUUUCCAGUGAUCACAAAUUCAUCAGGAGGAAUAGUAUGAACCUAAUCCAAUUCUUAUAGUAGUAACUGGGCUCCAAAACGUAGCAUCUACAUUGGCAGAAAUAAUGGAGUUAUGGUGUUUCUGCCAACCAAGCCACAUCUGAAGUGUUCACCUAAUUUUCAGCCCAGCAUUUUAAAUGGAUCAUUGGUAAACUAUUGUACAUCCAGUGGUAAAAGAACAGUUCUCAAAAUCAUAGCAAAUGAAAAACAAUUGAGGGAGAUGUUGACUUCAGUUCUUAUUGGGGGAGCGAGAAGUUAUGACAUUUGUCUUUAAAUAUUCAAAGUAUCUUUAUAAGCAAGAGGGAUUAGAUUUACUCUUUGCUACCAUGUUAAAAGUGAUUUGUUUUCAAUCCUACAAUUGUUAAAAGAGUGACAGUUGUACAAUUACUUCUCCUUCAUGAGAUUGGCUUAAAUGCCCAGUAAAGGUCUUUGUAGGUUUCUAAAAUUAUCUUGCCAUGUUUCAUUAGAUGGCAAUGCAGAAACAUAAUUUGGUUUAGUUUUGUAUUUAUUCUUUGUGUGUCUAUGUAUGUGUGUGUAGAAAUCGUUACUUUCAUAGACUGCCUCAUAAAAAUAACUGAACAUUUGGGGAGCACUGCUGCACUUCUAAAGAAAGAAGAAAAGGAGAUGUGUAAUUUAUGCGGCAUGCAUGAUGAAUGUACUCCACAGCAGACAAUGUCCUCCAUUCAAGAUACCAAAGCAGCAGACAUUGCUGCAAGAGGGGAACUAAAUGUCAUAGAAACAGUUACUGUUUCUCCCACAGAUGGAGAGGACAGUCAUUACACAAACCAGGUCCAGUUAGAAAAAAAUGAAACACAUAUGAGUUCAGCAUUAGUGGAAAAAGAAAACAAUACAUCACUAAAAGGAUGUGUACUGGGGCAAGAAGAGUCACAGAACAAAAUGUUCCCAGAUAAUGCAGAAAAUGAAGAUGAUAAACAAAUAGAACACAUGACUGUUGAGAACAUAAAUGGCAACAGGAAAGAGAUUCAUGGCAUAAUCCAGACAACAGAGAGAGAAAUUCAAGAAACCUCAGAAAGUCCAAGAGAAGAGAUGACCACAUCCUCAAUAAUAUUUGAUAUCUCCAAGAAAUAUAUAAAUAGUACUCUUCCCAAUGAUUCAGAGAAUAUAAAGCACAAGAAUAACAUAAUGGAAAAGGAGUAUCUUGAUGUGCUGAGUGAUGAUACUGACCCCCAAGUGUCUUGUUAUAUUACAGCACCAUCAUAUGUUCUACAACAACUGGAAUGCCGGAUAAUAAAUAACAUGAGUUCUUUAAUAGUGGGUAAUAAUGAAGAGUUAGUUAGCAACGUCGUAACUAUUGAAUGCUCAGAUAAGGAAAAGAGAAUUCCAUUUCCAAUAGGCAUUGCAAUUCCAUUUACUGCACGUUACAGAGGAAAUUACAGAGAUAUCAUGGUGAAAGUGUGUGACACAAAUCUUCAAUCAAGUUACCUAAACCCAAAUUCACUGGAAGGAAUGAAGGGAGGUUAUAAGGGGACUUGUGCUUCAGUAAAAGUUUACAAAUUGGGUAUCUUUUCUGUUGUGUCUUGUUUAAAGAAAGAGUCGUUCACAGUAACAAAGAAAGGCCUCACUCUUAAGUCAAGCAUGGAUUCCCGAAUAUCCUUAAGUUAUCCUCCAGGAGUUUUUACCUCUCCAGUGCUUGUGCAGUUAAAGAUCCAACCGGUUGACCCAGCUCUGGUGGCACAUUUAAAAGCACAGCAAGAUACUUUCUACUCAGUCCAAUCCACAAGCCCUCUGAUUCACAUUCAGCACCCAUCAACUUAUCCUUUUCAGAAGCCAGUGACUGUAUUUUUACCUUGUUCUCCAUACCUUGAUAAAAACAAUCUUGGUUCUGAGAUAGAUCAUAAAAGAAGAGCAAGUGCCACAAUAAAUAGGAUUACAUCUUCAUAUUUCAGCCGGACAAAAAGUGCCUCCAUAAGAAAACCUGGGAAAAAUGCCAGUGAAUGUUUGAAAUUACUGGGAUUCAGAAGCCAAGACAGUGGUUGGUGUGAGCUUUAUGAUGUUGUUAUGAAAACCAUACAGAGCGGGUUGAUAUCAGUUGAACUGAAUGAACAUUUGCAGAGGUUUAUUGUACUUCACCUCUCUUCCACCAUGGACAAUAGUCAUUUGGUUACUUUUGUGAAAUCUUUAGAGGAAGCCAUGCUCAGCACCACUGCCUGCAUAGUGCUGUCUCACCAGAAGGACAAUCCACAUAGAAUAGCUGUUUUAGUGGUGCCUUCCAAAGAUUUAAGCCAGGCGCUUAAGAACCUGCGCUUGGAAGGGUUUGGGGGACCUCCAGAGCCAUCUCGUCAUUUCCAAGUUCGAGAAGGAGAACAACUUCUUUUAAGAUUUACUGGAAACAUAUUUGCUUCAAGUAAUGGGAAAGAUUAUGGAAAAGACUACACACUUAUUUUUCACUUGCAAAGAAAACCUAGGCUGGAACUCCAAAUCAAAGAAGUGGACGAAUUUGGAAACUAUAGCUGCCCUCAUUAUAAAGGCACCAUUGUCGUUUACAAAGUACCUAAGGGAAAGAUAGUCCCCAACUUGAAUCAAUCUCUCGUAACUAAUGAAAACCAUUCUCAGUUGCCAAUUUGCAAAUUACCAUUGAAAUUGCCAAAGCAUAAGAAAUUAAUCAACCGUCCACAGAGUACCCAAAGAGUUUCUAAGGAUCCUGUAGAAGCCCUUUGGGAUAACUUGCUCCAUUGGUUGGCUGAGGAGCUGUCAGAAGAAAAUGCUGAGUCUCUUUCCUCAACUCUCCCUCUGCACCGUAGCACCAUUCAGCUCAUCAAACUCAAGAACCCUGAUGAUCUCACAGAACAGAUCCACGAGUUUCUUUGCUUCUGGAAAAAAUCACUUCCAACUUUCACCAACAAACUUCGCCUCCUGGCUCGACAUCUCCGCAAGAUUGGCAGGAGCGAUCUUGCAGAAGAGCUCAAAUUCAAGUGGGAAAAUAAGGUGUUCACUGAACCACAGCAGUGGUUUGAUGUAGCAGCCGAGUAAAAGCCUGAUUACUCUUCCUUUACCCCUAGGAAAAGGCACAUGGUGGGUUUUUAAGACUGUUUCUGUUAACAUUUUCCUAGCAGUUUCCAAAUGAUAUUAUUUGAAGUCAGUCUAUUUAAUGAUGUGCUAUUGAGAAAUCAGAUGAGACAAAGGGAGAAGCACAGAUCAGACAAUAGAAAGCAUUCCUGGGUGUCAGUGCUCCUCUCUGGUUGAGUGAUUAUGUUUUGCAAUCAUGAGUGUCUUCAGUUUGGCCUCACUUAAUAGCAUUUGCAAUUGAGUUUGACUUGUUCACAUUUUAAAAGCUGAGUGUGAAGAAAAGAUCUGAUAUAUAUAAUUACUUAUUAAUUUGCUAUUUACAUAAAAUUAAACUUGUUUUCCACGAUUUCAAGUGUGAACUCAAAAAUAUCUGAAAAUAUCUGAGACAGUUCUCAAUCAAUUUAGAAAGAUUAUUUUGUCAAGGUUAGGGACAGGCCCAUAACACAGCCUCAGAAGAUCCUGAUGACAUAUGCCCAAGGUGGUUGGGGUAGAGCUUGCUUUCAUGCAUUUUAAGGAGUUAUAAUACAUCAAACAAUACAUGUAAGAUGUACAUUGGCUCAAUCUGGAAAAGUAGGACGACUCAAAGUGGGGUCUUCCAGGUCAUAGGUAGAUUUAAAGAUUCUUGAUUGGCAUUGAUUGAAACAGUUAUUAUCUAAAGACCUGGAAUCAACAGGAAGGAAAUGCCUGGGUUAUGAUACGGAGUUAUGGAGACCAAAGUUUUAUAAUACAUAUGAAGCCUCCAGAUAGCAGGCUUUAGGGAGAAUAGAUUGUAAAUAUUUCUUAUCAGACCUAAGGUCUGUUGAUGUUUAUGCUGGUCAGCUUUUCCUGAAUUCCAAAAGAGAGGAGGGUAUUAUGAAGCAUGUCCAACCUCCCCUUCCCAUCAUGGCCUGAACUAGUUUUUCAGGAUAACUUUGGAAUGCCCGUGGCUGAGAGGAGGGCCUUGUUCGGAUCUUGGGGGGCUUAGAAUUUUAUUUUUGGUCGACUCAGGCAACCAAUUCAAGUUACAUAGAUACCGUGGAGCCUACAGUAAACAAUACAAAAUAAAUUGGGCUGAAAGACUUGAUGUCGGUGGUAGUAAUUCACUUUAAAAAAAACUUGUCUAAGCUCGAAAUAAAUUAAAAAUAGAAUAACACUUCAGCCAUUUACUGCCACAAACUUUUCCUUUAUAAAAACAUAACUUGAAAGAGGGAAAAUUCCCUAUUUUGUUACUAGUGAAAUGAGGCAGUGCAGAGAAAAUAAGUUUUCAGUGAAAGAAUUCAAGGCCUAUUUCUUCUACUUAGGAAGAAAACCUGCUUUAAAAUUGGUUAACAGAAGCCUUAUUACAUAAGCCCUAGAUAUACAUCAUUAAAAACAAACAAAACAUCUGUAAAUAGAACACUAAAGUGAAAGAAAAAUUAAAACUUAUCUAAACCCCUCUUUCUAUUGAUAAUCACUAUUAAUGUGUAGUAUAAGCUUUGAGUUUUUGGAAAACCUAAAGCCCUUUAACUCUCUGAAGCAGUUUGAUAUAAAUGGGACAUUGAACUAGUUUCACUGACUCAUUAAUGCAAAAACCAUUAGGUCGUUGGCUUGAAAACAUCAGUAGCAAUUAGUUUCAGUUACUGAAUACCUAGGAAUUAAUUACGUUAUAUUACAAAAUUAAAUGUUUUAAUCGUUCUCAAAUUUAAGUGGAAGAUUUCCUUCUACAAAUUAACCAGGGAUUUAGGUAUCUGUUCAGUUAUAUAUUGAAAAAGGCAGUUCCAAUUUUCAAACAUAGUCCCAUAAAGGAAUAUUUUAUUAGUCAAGAUUUUUUUACAUACUGCCAAAAAGAUACAGUAAUAUUUUCAUGUAUUCUUGGAGCAAAGAAAACAGACCAAAAUGUUCAUUAUUUUCCUGAUUGCAAUCGAACAAAAAAGUAAAGAAAAUGAAAUUUGCCUCUUA